AUGGCUGAUGCACCUCCCCCUACUCCGUCCGAACUACUUCGGAUGGUAACCGAGCUUCAGCAGGCGAAUCAGCACAUGGCAGAGGCAAAUCAACGUAUGGCUGAAGAAAAUCAAAGAAUGCAGCAGCAGAUUCAGCAAAUAGCCAACGCCCGACUCGAGCACAAUGACAACCGUCAUGGAGGAAACGCCAAUGACGAGAAUCAAUCUCAGCCGACACAUGUUUCGGAGACUCCACAGGAUGAUGACGGAAGGGAUCCUCACAACAAUGACGCCUCACUGAAAGACGAGGAAGAGGAGCCUGAUAACUCGGCAGGACCUUUCACAGCUGAUAUUAUGAAUUUUCAAUUACCCCGGCAAUUUACGCUGCCGACGACUUUAAAUCCAUAUGAUGGUUUAGGCGAUCCAAAACAGCACAUCAAAAAGUUCCGAUCUAUCAUGAUCGAGUUAGCAAAGCAAUUUGAAGAUCAUUUCGCAGCAUCAGCAAUAUAUCUGCAUGACUCCGACUACCUAACGACGGUAAAGCAAGGUCCUCAGGAAAGUCUGAAAGACUACAUCACCCGUUUUACAAAGAUAGCCAUGCGCAUACCCGACCUUCAUCCAGAGGUUCAUCUUCACGCCAUCAAAAGCGGCCUUCGACCAGGAAAGUUUCAAGAAGCCAUUGCAGUGGCCAAGCCGAAGACUUUGGCCGAGUUUCGCGAAAAAGCAAAAGGGCAAAUAAACAUUGAAGAGCUUCGUCAAGCUCGCAAAGCGGAAAAGUCGGCAGCUACUAAAGAAGAUGAUAAGCCUCGGGACAAUAAGAAGACUUUCAGACCAACCCCUCGCUAUGAAACCUACACUCAGUUUAACACAAAAAGAGAUGAUAUUAUUAAGGAAAUCCUGAAUUCCAAGCUGAUUAAACCCCCUCGCAAAGCCGACAGUUAUCCCGAGCCGAAGAAUGUAGACAAAUCCAAAUACUGCACAUUCCAUCAGAAGUAUGGUCACACAACCGACGAGUGUGUGAUCGCCAAAGACCUUUUAGAACGUUUGGCAAGACAAGGACAUCUUGAUAAGUAUAUCUCAGGCCACAUGCAGAAAAGAUCGGCUUCCAUUUCAGGCCCACCUCCUGGAGGUCCAUCAUCAUCGUCAAAGGAUAAAGAAAAGGCGCCGGCCCAACCUAGGGGUAUAAUUAAUUGCAUCUCGGGCGGCUACGCCGGAGGUGGACAAACAAGUUCGGCAAGAAAGCGAACAUACAGGGCCAUGCUAGCACUAGGAGAUACCACCAACAAUCCCCAGUCAGUGUUGGAGAUUCCAGAGAUGACAUUUUGCCCAACCGACUUUAAUUGCAAGGAUACCAACCUUGAUGACCCUGUCGUCAUCUCCCUUCAGUUGGGCGACCUAAUAGUUCGGAAAGUGCUGCUAGACCCAGGCAGCAGCGCUGACGUGCUUUUCUUUACAACAUUUGAAAAAAUGAAAUUAAGUACUAAUAUUUUGCAGCCAUCCGCAGGUGACUUGGUCGGAUUCUCCGGAGAGCGCGUUCCGGUGAUGGGUUCAGUGUGGUUACAAACCACACUCGGUGAGCAGCCUUUAUCUAAAACACAUGACAUCCAAUAUCUUGUUGUGGACUGUUUCAGUCCCUAUAAUCUCAUCUUAGGAAGACCUUUUUUAAAUAGAUUUACUGCAAUUGUAUCAACUGUUCAUCUCUGUGUCAAGUUUCCUGUGCAGGACAACCUUAUAGCCACAAUUCAUGGUGACUUGCAAGAAGCUCGGCAUUGUUACAAUACAAGCCUAAAACCCAUCAAGAGAGGCUGCGAGCGACGUAUAAACUCCAUCACCUCCGAACAACCAACAUUAGCCGAGCUUGACCCUAGAGCCGACUUUCAAGAUCGUCCUUUACCAAAUGAAGAGCUAACAAAGAUUAUGCUAACCGAUGACCCAACGAAACACACUUUCAUUGGAACCUCGGUAAAAGACAAAGAGCGGGAGAAGCUCAUCCAAUUUUUGCAGAAGAACGCCGAUCUUUUUGCUUGGACAUCUGGAGACAUGCCAGGCAUUGAUCCAUCCAUUAUUACUCACAAAUUGGCAAUAAACCCAGCAGCUCGACCAAUCUCCCAGAAAAAAAGAAAUCUCGGGGCCGAGAAAAGAAUGGCAUCCAUGGUUGAAGCCAAGAAGCUCAUCGAUGCAAAUUUCAUCCGGGAAAUCAGGUUUACAACUUGGCUGGCCAACGUCGUCAUGGUAAAGAAAAAUAACGACAACUCUUGUGGUUACGGCACCUUGAGUUUCAUGGAUGCAUACUCUGGUUACAACCAGAUCCUUAUGCACCCAUCAGACCAAGAAAAAACGGCCUUUAUUACUGAAUAUGGUAAUUACUGUUACAAUGUCAUGCCUUUUGGUUUAAAGAAUGCAGGUGCAACAUAUCAAAGACUGAUGAAUAGGGUCUUCGAGAAACAGAUAGGUCGAAAUAUUGAGGUGUAUGUCGAUGACAUGGUCGCCAAAACAAAGGUCGGCCAUUCCCAUAUUGAUGACCUUGAAGAAAUAUUCGGCCAAAUCCGAGCUUAUAAUAUGAGGCUCAACCCGGAAAAAUGUGCUUUUGGUGUGAUCGGAGGGAAAUUCCUCGGUUUCAUGCUUACUAGCCGAGGAAUUGAAGCCAAUCCUGAAAAAUGUCAGGCGAUCCUUGAUAUGAAUAGUCCAACAAACAUUAAAGAGGUUCAACGACUAACAGGGAGGCUGGCGGCUCUCUCCAGAUUUCUACCAUGCUUGGCGACCAAGUCCUUCAACUUUUUUCGAUGUUUACGAAAAAACACAAAGUUCCAAUGGGAUGACAACUGUGAAAUGGCAUUUCAAAGUUUAAAACAAUUUCUUUCUAAACCACCUGUUUUGCAAAAACCUGACAUUGGUGAACCAUUGUAUUUAUAUUUGUCGGUUACUGAUAUAGCGGUUAGCUCUGUUCUUGUUGCAGAAAAAGGAAAAACACAGCAGCCAGUUUAUUUUGUCAGCAAAUCAUUGCAGAAUGCCGAGCUUCGUUAUCUGAGGUUAGAAAAGCUCGCCUAUGCACUUGUUUUGUCGGCAAGACGACUCCGACCCUACUUUCAGAGUCAUACAAUUUACGUCAGAACUUCUCAACCCCUGCGCCAAAUACUCGCCAAGCCCGAGCUUGCCGGGAGGUUGAUAAGAUGGUCCAUCGAACUGUUCGAAUUUGAUAUUCAAUAUCAACCCAGAGGAUCUGUCAAAUCACAAUACCUGGCCGACUUUGUGGUCGAGCUCACAGGAACAAACACAGACAUAGAGGAUGCAGGUUGGAUAUUAUUUGUUGAUGGAGCCUCUAACCCCCACGGAUCUGGGGCAGGAAUACUCUUGGAAAAUGCCGAGGGCGUCGCUAUUGAACACUCUCUGCGAUUUUCAUUCAAGGCCAGCAACAAUCAAGCCGAGUAUGAAGCCCUACUCGCGGGGCUCAGGUUAGCAAUAGAGCUACAUAUUGUUAAUUUAAAAGUUUAUUGUGAUUCUCUAUUAGUUGUUCAACAAGUAAAUCAAAGUUUCCAAACAAAAGAUCCAGUUUUAUCAAAAUACGUAAUCCUUGUCAAAAAUCUCAUGGAUCGUUUCUCAAAAAUUGAAAUUUAUCAUAUAGCACGAGAUCAAAAUCAUAGGGCAGACAUAUUAUCAAAGCUCGCUUCCACUCAAUCACACACUGCCUCAUUACUACAAUCCACCCUCCACGAGCCGAGCAUAGACAUCCCUAGCAUUUCUCAUAUAGAACAGGAAGUCGGCUGGCAAAAACCAUACAUUCAAUAUCUUAAAAGUGGAGAAGUCCCACAAGAAAUACAAGAUGUAAAAAAGUUCAAACGACAGGCAUCAUUCUUUACAUUAUUAAAUAACCUGUUGUAUAGGCGGGGCUACUCCCGACCAUUAUUGAAAUGCUUAGACAGGACAGAGGCCGACCUAGCCCUAGCCGAGGUCCAUGAAGGCGUUUGUGGAAUACACUCAGGAGCCAGAAGUCUAGCACAAAAGAUUCUUCGUGCUGGUUUUUAUUGGCCGACCAUAUGGGAGGACAGUCGGAAAAAGGUCCGAACUUGCGACCGCUGCCAAAAACAUGCCCCGAACAUAAACAUCCCCGCCGAAGAUUUACAUCAAUCAACGGUAAGCUGGCCCUUUAAUCAUUGGGGAAUAGAUAUACUGGGACCUUUUCCCACAGCCCCAAGACAGGUAAAAUAUUUGGUUGUGGCAAUUGAUUACUUUUCUAAAUGGAUUGAGGCUCAACCUCUAGCUAGAAUCACAUCCGUUCAAAUGAUUUCUUUUGUCUGGCAAAAGAUAAUUUGCAGAUUUGGUAUACCUCGUCACAUUGUAACCGACAAUGGUCGGCAGUUUACUGAUCAUAAUUUUAAGAGCUUUUUACAGAACUUAAAGAUUAAACAGCAUUUCUCUUCGGUGGAGCAUCCUCAAUCUAACGGCUUAGCUGAAGCUGCAAACAAGGUCGUCCUGCAAGCUUUAAGGAAGAAACUGGACGAUGCCAAAGGAUUAUGGGCCGAGCUUGUUCCAGAAAUUUUAUGGGGUUAUAAUACCUCACCACACUCAACGACUAAAGAAACACCAUUUCGUCUGGUUUACGGAUCAGAAGCAAUGAUACCAGUUGAAGUAUCACAAAGCUCAUUCCGAACACAAGCAGAAGAUCAUGAGCAUGCUCGGCGAGCCGAGCUUGAUUUGGUGGAAGAGGUACGAACCAUAGCGGCCGUUCGCCACAAAGCUUUACAGCAACGAUUAGGCAAACGCCACAGUAAAAGGGUGAAACCAAGAUCCUUUAACGUCGGAGACCUGGUAUUAAGGAAAACUGAGGAAGCGCGGAAACCGCCCACUCAUGGCAAACUCGCAGCCGCAUGGGAAGGCCCAUACCGAAUUCAUCAGGUGCUCGGCAAAGGAGCAUAUCGACUAGAGCAAUUAGAUGGUACAAACCACGCCAAUAAUAGGUGUGCAAACCGCACUAAUGAUUCCAUAUCAGUAAUCAGACCCUGA